CUUUGUUCAGUUAUAACAUCGGGUCGAAUUUCAUCAGUCCACAAGUAGAUUUCUUUCUUAAGAAAAAGUCCAAUAAUGACGACUAUGAACAAUGUUACGGAUUCCAUGUCAAGUUUAGCAAAUAACUUUACUUUUGGAGCAGUGGAUUAUACUGUCUUCACAUUGUUGUUGGUUAUAUCGGCUGUUAUUGGUGUAUAUUUUGGCUUUUUCUCGGGUGAUAAUGAUACUACUGAUGAAUAUUUACUUGGUGGCAAACGAAUGAAGCCAUGGCCAGUUGCAGUUUCCUUAGUUUCUAGUCAGCUAUCGGCAGCUUCAGUUGUAACAAUACCAGCGGAAUUAUACGCUUAUGGGAUAUCAUUUACGUUUAUGAUCCUAUCAGUUAUUUUUGUUGUACCAAUCAUUUGCUUUGUCGUUGUUCCUGUAUUUUAUAACAACAAUAUUUCAAAUUGCUAUGAGUACUUACAACUAAGAUUCAACAAACAAACCCGUCAACUUGUAACGUUUUCAUUUGUUUGCUCCAUUUUUCUUUUGUUGCCAAUUUUCACAUUCAUUCCAGCUUUGGCAUUUUCACAAGUUACUGGAUUCAAUAUACAUCUGAUAAAUGCAAUAGUAUCAUCUAUUUGUAUAUUUUAUACUAUGUUCGGCGGUAUUAAAGCUGUAGUUUGGACUGAUGUCGUACAAGCUGCUGUUAUGUUCAUCUCGAUUGUUCUGGUUUCAACAAUGGGUAUAAUAAAAGUUGGAGGAUUGGAUACUGUUUUUGAGAGGGCACUAAAUGGCGGUCGACUUGAUGUCAACUGGUCAAUGGAUCUUAGAGCUCGUACAUCUUUUAUAAGCUGUUUCGUGGGGGGACUUUGCUUGUGGACUAAAAAUAUUGGAUUCAAUCAAACUUGUGUACAAAGAUUAUCUGCGUUACCAUCUUUAAGGGAUGCCAGAAAAUGUUUAGUAUAUUUCUUGUGUAUAUUUAUUGGCGUGAUGUUCUUCAACUGCUUAACUGGAAUUGUUAUGUUUUCGAAAUAUUUUGAUUGCGAUCCAGUUACUGCUGGGAUAGUAGAAAAGCCUGACAAAUUGGUACCAUACUAUGUACAAGAUAUUGUUGGACACUGGAAAGGAAUGCCUGGUGUUUUUAUUUCAUGCGUUUUCAGUGCAGCUUUAGGUUCAAUGUCUGCAACUUUGAAUACUUUAGCAGGAAUCUGCUAUUUUGAUUAUGUCAAGCCAUUCAUAAGACACACUGAACAGAAGGCAAAUCUGGUUAUGAAAAUGAUUGUAUUUAUUACUGGAGUCUAUUGUGUGAUGGCAGGUUUUGUUGUGGAAAAAUCAUCUUCAAUUAUCCAAAGUGUCUUUACCAUAUCAGGAAUCACAUAUGGAGCGACGUUGGGAGUUUUUUUGUUAGGAUUAUUAGUACCAAAAGCUCACGGAAAGGCAGCUUUAAUUGGUUUUAUAUCGGGCGUGAUUUUAAUGGUUGGCUUGAUAUCUGUCACUCAAUAUAGAAUACAAGUAGGUGAAAUAAAUUACAAAACUUUACCAGCAAGAGUGGACGGAUGCGAUCGUUUAAAUGUUACUUUACAUAGUUCAAUAUUUACUGAAAAUGCAAGUUCAGUAGUUUCAGAGGUCCGAGAGUAUCCGGAAGAGUUUUCUAUAUUCGAUAUUUCUUUCAGUUGGUAUAAGUUUAUUGGUAUGAUUUUAGUGUGGGCCAUUGCAAUACCAUUGAGCUUUAUCAUUCCGAAUAAUAAGAAGCUUGAUCCUAAGUUAAUAUCACCAGUAAUAUCACAAUUUGUAAGAUACAAUCCUGUAAAGACUGACGAUUGCAUUCUGAAGGAAAAAGAAAUGGAAUCUAUGAUGAGAUGAGAAA